CGCACACGCACGGAUGCAUGCAAGUAUGCGGCAGAAACCUGUUUUUCGCUCAUCACUGUGCGGCCAUCCUUGCACGACUACGCGUAGGAUAGACAGCAGCACAUACAGACGAGUUGGUUGCGCAUCCGGAGGCAAAACUAGAAGACACGUUUCGUGUGUGUGAAAUCGAGAGGCGUUGGGGUUAGAUAGACAGCUACGUGGUCUGUAUCGCGCCAGAGGGGAUGUGGACUCCAUAAGGUGUGGGAUGGUACAGAGAGACUGACCGCGGUGACCAAGUUUACCUAAACGUCGGAACCUCGAGGAGCGAAGACAGGACCUCUGCGACACAGCCCCGUACUCUCCCCCGUGCACCCGCACACGACCACACGAUGGAGGUUGACAAGGUGACGCACACGUACCGCGCCAAGUACGUGCGCAACUCGCGCGCGAUCGGCGUGCUGUGGGGCGUCUUCACCGUCUGCUUUGCGAUCGUCAACCUCGUCGCGUUCGUCGACGCGCACUGGCUCGGCGACACGCGCGACUCGCCCGGCGUCGGACACUUCGGACUCUACCGCCGCUGCGCCCUCUACCCGCAGGCGACCGAACUGAGCUGCGCGGGCGAGCUGGGCGUGUUCAACACGAUACUCAACAUACACUUUAAGGUGGCGACAGUGUUCGUCGGCGUGUCAGCGCUGCUGGUGCUGCUUACUAUAUGCCUCAUGCUGCUCUUCUUCUUUCUCACCGCCUCCACCGUCUACAUGGUCUGCUUCUGGUUCCAGCUGCUCUCAGCGAUCUGCAUGCUGAUUGGCUGCGUCGUGUUUCCGGCCGGCUGGGACGACGACGAGGUGCGGGCCGUGUGCGGCGCCGCGGGCAAGUACGACCGAGGUGAAUUGCAGGUAAGAGCAAUCCUCGCUGCCGUGCUCGUGACGCGAUAUGUGCGGCUGUCGAGCGAACCCAACACGGGUGGCUCCAUCUAUAAAGGAGCGAAACCAACACGGGUGGCUCCAUCUAUAAAGGUAAGAGCAAUCCUCGCUGCAGUGCUCGCGACGCGAUAUGUGCGGCUGUCGAGCGAAACCAACACGGGUGGCUCCAUCUAUAAAGAUGGCGCUGCGUCCGUCAACGGUUCGAUGUACAGACCGAGCGUCUACAGAGGUGAGGUGAACCAGGCCUACGUCAGCGACGCGCACUCGACGAUCUCACGCAAGUCGAUGCAGCUGCAGCCCGUCUCCAUGCCGCCGCAUCCCGACGACCCGUACUCGGAGGCGUACAGCGUGCGCAGCCUCCGUACCAACCGCUCGCGACCCGGCCACUACCCGUCGUCUGUGCAGGACUUCCAGCUGUGAGGCGGGCAGCAGGAGAGCGAGCGGGGCUUCAUCAGCAGGAUGGCUUCACUAGGGGGUGGGCUUCAUCAUGGGUUGGGCUUCGUUAGAGGUCGGCUUCAUUCGAGAGGCAGGGGCCCGUUGUCAAGAACAAAAUUAGUUUUCUUAACAUUUUUAAUUAGUCUCAACAUUUAAACAUAACGUUUACACUUAACUUACUUUUUCUCAUAGACUGCACCUCUAUACACUGCGCAUGAGAAACGCGUAACUUGUACCGUGUUUCUGUCAACGGUCUACGAGAAAACGUUAAUGUUGAGACAAAUGUUGAGGGUAAUUAUGUUUCUAAUAACGAGCCCUGGGCUUCUAGUGAAGGCUGGAUGUGUCCAAGACAUUGCCCUGCUGGGUUCCAGACAGCAGACGAUGAUGCUCAGAGCUCCUCACGCUGUUUUCAACGUCAGGGAAAACAUAAGGACAUCCUGGUGUGACAUCAAUUGAUUAUUAUAUCAUGAUAUCAUUAUGUCAUGAUAUUACUGCAUCAUGACACCACGACAUCAUGAUAUUACUGC